CGUUCUAUUUAGCCUGGGGCCGGCAGCGGGCACGCACCGACAGCGGCUGCGGGGAGCCAGCGGCCCCGGGGCAGCGACAGCGAGCGCCUGCCGGCAGCGGGAGAAGGGGAACGGGCGGCAGCCGGUACCGCACGGCGUUGGGGGGAAGGAGAGCGAGUGGCCGCCGGCACCGCACCGGCACCGAGGGAAAGGGAACGAGCGGCCGCCGGCACCUCGCCCGCACCUCACCGGCGCCGCAUCCCACUGGGGGAAGGACAGCGAGCAGCGGCCGGCAGCCCACCAGCACCGCACCGGCAGCGGGGGAAGGACAGCGAGUGACCGCCGGCAGCGCAGCGGAGGCAGCGGACGGGAGCAGCGGCCGGCGCCAGCCCGGUCCCGCCGCAGGUUCACGAUGUUGACAGCUAUGUUCUUGGCUGCGUUCAUUCUUAUUACAGUACAUUCGCAGGAAACUGAGGAAACYAUAACGUACACGCAAUGCACAGAUGGCUAUGAAUGGGAUCCUGUUAGGCAACGGUGCAAAGAUAUUGAUGAAUGUGAAAUAGUCCCAGAUGCAUGUAAAGGUGGGAUGAAAUGUGUUAACCACUAUGGAGGAUACCUCUGUCUACCCAGAACAGCGCAAAUUAUUGUAAAUGAGCGAGAAGAAGCAGCAGCUGAAUCCACAAGUGGUCGAAACAACGUCAUUCGCCGGACCCCGGCUGACCCUCAGCGCGCCCCUCCCAACCCAACCCACCAAAUCCAGUGUGCAGCUGGGUAUGAGCAAAGUGACCACAACGUGUGCCAAGAUAUAGAUGAAUGUGCAACUGGAACCCACAAUUGUAGAGCUGACCAGGUGUGUGUCAAUUURAGAGGGUCCUUCAGCUGCCAGUGCCCUCCAGGCUACCAGAAACGGGGGGACCAAUGUGUUGAUAUCGACGAGUGCACCCUGCCCCCGUACUGCCACCACCGCUGUGUGAACACCCCCGGCUCCUACUACUGCCAGUGCAACGCUGGCUUCCAGCUGGCAUCCAACAACCACACCUGUGUAGACAUAAACGAAUGUGAUGCCAACAAUCCAUGUGCACAGCAAUGCUACAAUAUMCUGGGUUCUUUCAUUUGCCAAUGUAAUCCAGGUUUUGAGUUAAGCAGUGACAGAAUCAACUGUGAAGACACUGAUGAAUGCAGAACCUCAAGUUAUUUAUGUCAGUACCAGUGUGUCAAUGAGCCAGGGAAAUUCUCCUGUGUGUGCCCUGAAGGAUACCAGGUAGUAGGAGGCAGGACAUGUCAAGAUAUAAACGAGUGUGAGACCACUAAUGAAUGCAGAGAGGAUGAAAUCUGCUGGAAUUACCAUGGAGGGUUCCGUUGUUACCCCAGAAAUCCUUGUCAAGAGCCCUAUGUCCUUACCUCAGAGAACCGCUGUGUGUGCCCSGUGUCCAACACCAUUUGCCGGGAGYUGCCCUACUCAGUGGUGUACAAGUACAUGAGCAUCCGCUCCGACAGGACCGUACCCUCCGACAUCUUCCAGAUCCAGGCCACCACCAUCUACCCCAAUACCAUCAACACUUUCAGGAUCAAGUCUGGCAACGAGAACGGAGAGUUCUAUCUGAGGCAAACCAGCGCCGUGAGCGCCAUGCUGGUGCUGGUGAAGUCCCUCUCAGGACCCAGGGAGCACAUUGUGGACCUGGAGAUGCUGACAGUGAACAGCCUGAAUUACCGUACGAGCUCAGUGCUGAGGUUAACAAUCAUAGUGGGACCUUAUGCCUUUUAGUGGUUUGCAAUAACUCUCCACUGGCACUCACAGCAGCCAAAGAAUAUUAUCGGAAAGAAAGCACUUACUAUUUUUAUUUAUAGAUUUUGCUCUCUUUAAAAAAAAUGU